AUUCCUUCCUAAAAAUGGUGAUGGAUACUGACUUGACUGGCGCCUCUCCUGCGUCGUCAUUUCUCCGAUCCAAAACCCUAGGCCGGGGUGCUGCCGACGGAUGCCGCAUCGAGUCCAUGGCCGACCUCCUCGUCCAAGCUGAGGAACCUCCUGUGGGCUACUUCCAAGCAUGAUGUGUACGUCAUGCAAAACUAUUCUGUGAGGCACUGGUGGUCCUUACUCAGGAGAGGAAAAGAAGUGCUCAACGUGGCAUGCCCAAAUCAGGAUAUGCGGGGAGGUCGGCCCUUGUCCAGGGUGAAGAUCAGCACCAUGACGGUGAAAGACAACCUCCUGGCGGCUGGUGGUUUCCAUGGGGAGCUGAUCUGCAAUGCAUCCCACCGCCGAUCCAUAUCCAUAUCAGCUGCGUCAUCGGUUCCGCACACAGGCCAAGGGAAUGACUACCGUUCCAGGGUCUCCGGUCUGGGAGCUCGUGAAGAAGAACAACUACUUCUUGAUCAAGCAGUUCGGCAACAGCAACACCAAGGUGCAGUUCAGCAAGGAGCCAAACAACCUCUACAAUAUCCAGUCCUACAAGUUCUCGGGCUUGGCGAACAGCAAGACCAUGGAGGUCCAGCCAUCAGCGGGAGAGGACAAGGCUGUUGUCCUGUCCACGACCAAGACCAAGAAGCAGAACACCCCUGCCAAGCUCCAGCACAAGACUCUGAUGCGCAAGGAGUUCCGCAAGAUGGCCAUCUGUCAAGAACUAGGUAUUAACUCUAGAGUUUUGUACUUGAAUUGCCCUUAUGCUUGGCUUCUAAGCUACAACUGUAAGUCACGGCUUGUCUCUGCUUCCUCCGUGAGUUCAGAGUUGUGGCAUGGCAUGCUUGAUUUUUUGGUGGACUUGUGUCCCUGAUGAUGCACCGCUGUUGCACUACCAACCAUCAGAUGCAGUAGCUGCUCCUGCUUGCUACUCCGCUGCCGCCGCUCGUUGUUUUGCUACUGCUCCUGCUAGUUAGGCACUGCUGCUGCCCCUAAGCACUGCUCGUAGAUGCUGCUACUUGCCGCUGUUGAUUCCUCCUAUAGCCUGGCAUCUGCCAUUUUAACUUCAUGCUGAUGUAACAUGUGAAUCUGUUGGUCCUGCUUAUUGUCUUUAAAGAAGUCAAUGUACCUACAUUAUUUUGUGCUCUGUUAUUAUCUUUGCUUAGUAUCAGUUGUGUCUCUUGGAGAGACACUCCUACCUUUUCUGACUUGAGUUGUUAACUAUUGUUCCAUACUUCUGUUAGCUACAAUAAAAAAUCUUUGAAUUUGGUA